GGACCGCGCCGCAGCCAUGGCCCGGGGCUCGCCCGCCGCCCGCCGCCGCCCCGCGCCGCGCCUGCUGGCAGCGCUCCUGGGUUUGCACGUCUUCGCCCUCGCCUUCGCCUUGGAGGUGUCGGUGGGGAAGACCAACACUGUGAUGGCUCUGAAUAACUCCAAUGUCCUGCUGCCCUGCACCUUCACCACCUGCAUAGGCUUUCAGGACCUGGUCUUCACAUGGUAUUUCAACUCGACAGAGAUGAUUUACCACGGCAAGAUAAAGAACAAAGCCUCGGAGCCCUUCCUCGUGGGGCGCAACCCACGGGUCGAGUUUGUUGGCUCGACAACCAAGAAGGACAACAAUAUCUCCAUUCUCCUGAAGAACGUGGACUUCAGCGAUGCUGGGAAAUACACGUGCCAUGUCAGGAACCCCAAGGAGAAGAACGCACAGCACAACGCCACCAUCUUCCUCACGGUGGUCCAGAAAAUGGUGGAGGCAGACAACACUGUGACGCUCAUCAUCGUCGGCGUUGUGGGGGGCCUCAUCGGCCUCCUCAUCCUUUUCAUGCUCAUCAAGAAGGUUGUCCUGUUCAUCAUCAAGAAGACCCAGGAUGGGAAGAAGGAAUGCCUCGUGAGCUCGUCGGGGAACGACAACACGGAGAACGGCUUGGCUGGCUCCAAGGCGGAACAAAAAGCACCACCAAAGGCAUGAAGCAGCGGCACCCCGCGCCCCAGCCCGCCCAGCAGCGGGGAGAGGGGCAGGGGGACAAGCCUUUCCCUUUUGUUUUCUUUCCAAACUGCCAAUGCUUGAGACAUGUUUCUAUUACACACGUGCCUGCAACCUGCACUGCUUCUCGGAAAAGACUUCGGCUGCCAUGGGGACUGGGAGCUUCUUGUGGACUCGGACUGGGAUGCUGCCGGGACAGAGGGAGCUGCCUGCUCUGCUAUGAGUGAAGGCAAGAGGGUGCUGGGCAGGCAGGGAAGGGGCUGGGGAGUACCGUGGGGUGCUGUGCUGCUUGUGCUGCGCUCCCGGGGUGGUGGAUGGUGACCAGGGGUCCCGGCAUGCCUGGGGUUAGAGGCUGCGAGGAGCUUGGGGUGUCUUUGUGUGACUGGCAAUGCUGAGCUGGGGCAGGCAGGAGCUGCCAGCCUCGUGCAGAGUGUGUCUGGAGCAGAGCAAGGAUGCACAAAACUCGCCAUAGAGGUAGAGGCUCCUGCCUUUGCCGCAUUUCAUGUGGGUCCGGCACAGGAGGAAGGGAGGAAGCAGGGCUGUUGCGACGGGGCUUGGCUUCAGCUCUCGUAAGCACACCUGAGAACCAAAUCAGUGACUGUCAGGGCUGUCAUCUCUUCCCCACAGGGGCUGGGUGCCGUGCUCCCACGGGACAGGCUGGUUCCUCCUGUGGCAGGGCUGUGGGGACCAGCGGCCGGGGCUGGCCAUGUCCUGGGGUCACUGCUGGCUGCAGUGGGGUGAAGCUCCACGUUUCAUACCCUGUGCAGGGCCAUACCCCAGGGGCAGUGGGGGCCUUCUCGGCAUGUUCCCUGGGUUUAUGCUGCUGCUCUUGCUCCUCCUCCCCUUUUUAAAGCCCAGCACUCAGCACACUCAGAGCAGUGAUGCUGUUGAUGCUGCCUUGCCAAGGCUUAACUUGUUACGCAGAGAUUUUUUUUAUAUUAAACUCCAGUGGGAAAACAGCUGAUUGCGUUUCCCAUCACCCAAGGAAAACUGUGGCACUCCAUCUGCGAUGCAGGGAGGGAGCACAGUGGAGCCCUGGCGAGGGGAGCCAUGCUAGGGCUGUGCCAGCCUGCUCCCGGGCCUGCUACCGGCCCGCUGGGUGACCUUGGGCAAGUCGCUCUGCCUCUCCAUGCCUCAGUUUCCCCAUCUGUAAAAUGGGGAUAAUAACACUGCUCUACCUCACAGGGGUGGUUGUGAGGCUUCCUUGGCUAUCAUUUGUAAAGUGCUUUGAGAUCCUCGCGUGCGGGGUGCCACAGAAAGCCAGAGGGGUGUCUGCAGUGGGGAUUUGGGCAAACCAGACCCCUUCCUAAGGGCUGCAGCGGGAUGUGAGACAUGAAGAAAAUGAGCUGCUCCUACAGCUGAAGCUGGCAAUGUGCUUUACAAUGCGAUUUGUUCCCUAUUUCUCUUUUAUUUGUGGGUGUCUGUUGGUGAAGCUGCAGGACAGGCAGCUCCCCCAUCCCCACUUGAUAUUGGGAAUCACAGCCGAGCCAUGACUCCCCCGGCUGCAGGGGCUCGCGCCCUGACAGAGGUGCCGGAGUGGAAAGUAGGUGAGGAUUUGAUGGGCAAGGCAAACAAGGUGCUACCUUCUCUGGAGACUGUUGUGGAGAGGUCAGACUUGCUUGUGGGGUGGUGGUAUAGGGAGCACCCUGCAGCCUUCGCCAUGGGGCACCCACCCGAGCGGGGCUGUGUGCUUGGGACAGGGACACAGGCACCCGGUUAGACUAGCAAGUGAGAUUCAGGUCCCUGGGAUCCUGGUCCCCUCCACGGGACCCUCAGGCAAGUCACUUGACUUCUUUGUGCUUCAGCUUCCCCAUCUGUAAACUGGGGACAGUAAAUCUGACCUACCUCACAGGAGGUGUGAGGCUCCCUGCAUGGCUUUGCAAAGUGCUCCGAGAUCCUAGGGCGAAAGGCACUCUGUAAAUGCAAAGUAUUGUUAACAUACCAUUGUCGUGCAUGAGAGUCUGGGCAGGAAGGCUGAGACCUCCCAGCUGCCCCAAGAGCACCCCAGCCCAUCUUUGGAGGAGACCUUCUGUGGGAGAGGACACUGAAGGGAGGAAAGGACUUUUUUAAAGAACUAUUUUUAGCUGUCCCAACCUGUUGGCCUUUUUUAGAUGGUAUCUGGACGCAGUUCCACUUACCACAGGAUAUGCAAUGCUGUACUAUGCAUGGAUUACUCCUCUGGCUUGAUGGAAACAGUCAACAUAAGCAGUUUUUGACACGUAACUCUAUAUGCAUAUGUGUGCGGGUGCUGUUCACAGUGCGGGGGGCUCCGGGCUGCUUUGGGUGCCAGCUCCUGUGGGGUCCCUGCUGUCACAAGGGCUUUGGGGGGGUCUGCAGAGGCUUUCUGGGGUGUAUGGGGGAGAGGGCCCUGCUGGAGGUGUGUGCUGCAACAGACACGUGUGUGUAUCAGCAUAUACAAAUACAUGCAGGAGAUGCCUGUGAAUAAACACAGGGUGCGUACGACAUGCUGUGUGGUGACAGCACAUUUUUGCACUGUAGAGGUUUAGUUAGCUUUGCCUUGAAUGAAAUAAACUUUAUGUUUAAUAGAGAAA